AUGUCGAACGGAGUCACUUUCGAGCUCAGCAAUGGCGUCAAGAUCCCCGGUGUCGGUUUCGGUACCUUCGCCAGCGAGGGUGCGUCCGGCGAGACCUACCGCGCCGUCAUGUGCGCCCUGAAGACCGGCUACCGUCACCUGGAUUGCGCCUGGUUCUACCUGAACGAGGGCGAGGUCGGUGACGCUCUCCGCGACUUCCUCAAGGAGACCCCCUCCGUCAAGCGUGAGGACAUCUUCAUCUGCACCAAGGUCUGGAACCACCUCCACCGCUACGAGGACGUCCUGUGGUCGGUCGAGAACUCCCUCCAGAAGCUCCAGGUCGAUUACAUUGACCUGUUCCUGGUCCACUGGCCCAUUGCCGCCGAGAAGGAGACCCAGGAGAAGCCCAAGAUUGGCCCUGAUGGAAAGUACGUGAUCCUCAAGGAUCUCACCGAGAACCCCGAGCCCACGUGGCGCGCCAUGGAGAAGAUCUACGAGGACAAGAAGGCUCGCGCCAUCGGUGUCUCCAACUGGACCAUCGACGGUCUGGAGAAGCUGCAGAAGUUCGCCAAGGUCAAGCCUCACCUUAACCAGAUCGAGAUCCACCCCUUCCUGCCCAACGAGAAGCUGGUGCAGUACUGCUUCAAGAACGGCAUCAUGCCCGAGGCCUACUCUCCCCUGGGCUCGCAGAACCAGGUCCCCACCACCGGCGAGCGAGUUAGCGAGAACAAGACCCUGAACGACAUCGCCAACAAGGGUGGCAACACCCUGGCCCAGGUGCUUAUCGCCUGGGGUCUGCGUCGUGGCUACGUCGUGCUGCCCAAGAGCUCCAACCCCGCUCGUAUCGAGUCCAACUUCAAGAGCAUCGAGCUCUCGGACGCCGACUUCGAGGCCGUCAACAAGGUGGCCGAGGGCCGUCACUUCCGCUUCGUCAACAUGAAGGAUACCUUCGGAUACGACGUGUGGCCGGAGGAGACCGCCAAGAACCUGUCUGCUUAG